AUGCCUUACAACACAAACGUCAUUCCUCCCCGGAAGGAGGUAACAGGCCAACCGGCAUUGCCCUUGGCCCGCGUAAAGAAGAUUAUCGGCACAGACCCAGACAUCGGGAUCUGCUCAAAUAACGCCGCCUUUGUCAUCACCCUCGCGACCGAGAUGUUCAUACAGUACCUCGCCAAUGAGGGCCAGAACAUGGCCAAGCUGGACCGCAAGCCUCGUCGCAACGUUCAAUACAAAGACCUGGCAAACGCCGUCAACCACCAUGACAACCUCGAGUUCCUCGAAGACGUCAUCCCCAAGACUAUCCCCUACAAGAAAAUCAAGGACCAAGCCGCCAUCUCCCGCACAGCGCCCAAAAAGUCUGACGCGGAGCCCAAGAAGCGCCAAUCCACCAACGGCGUCAACGGCGCCGCCGCUUCCGCCGUCCACGAGGACGACCCCAGCGCGCAGCUCGAGGCCGAAUCUCGCCAGGCGGUGGCCGCUGGCCAUGACGGGGACGUCGACAUGACGGGCUAG